AUGCUAUGCUGCUACGGCCUGUGUUUCUGGCUCUUUGAUCUGUGCGUGAAGUAUAUGUACGAAUUGUAUGAGUAUACCACUGCUGACGACUUCAGCACUGAGAACUAUGUCGACCAGUCAGCUUCGAUAUGCAAUACAGCAUUCAUUUUCGAGAACUUUGGUGACUCGAAUCCAAAGACCGAUAUCAUUUGCGGUCCUUCGUCGGCAAACUACUCAUACUACCGAAGGGUGCCCGCUUCUGUCACCCAGGGUUCGUCCCAAGCGCGCUUCGAUUCACUCAGUACAUCCGGCGAUAGUGAUAGCGGUGGAGGCUCCAAAGCUUGGAUUGCGGGAGCUGUCAUCGGACCCAUCGUGGGUCUCGCACUCCUCGGUUUCCUCCUCUUUUGCUGCCUCCGGCGCAAGAAGAAGAACAAGCUCAAAGCAUCCCAGGAAGGCACUGCUACCAUGGCUCCGAUCUACCCCCAGCCACCCGCCGGUGUAGCCGGACACACUGAUGCGAAGCCCCAGCCAAUGCAACAAAACCAUUACGCCACCAAUGCGUACCUUAACGCAGCCACAGCCGCUACACAAGGGACCUACUCUAGUGCACCUUCACCGCCGCCUACGCAGAAUUAUGUUGGCAUGCCUCCACCGAAUACUGGCGCACCAUACAAUGCUGCUAACGCACCAUAUAACGCUGGCACAGCGCCCUACAAUGGUGGUGUCGCGCCUUAUAAUGCUGCCGCUGCCCCAUACAACGCUCCCGUCAGCCCUCCGCCUCAGCAAACUCACUACGGCCUCGAUGGGCAAUCGAGUGGUGGAGGCAAAACUCAGGGGACGGCAGAGUUGGGUGGAGGUGCGGCUACAGCAAGCGGUACUGCGCCUUCUGAACUCCCGUCCGGUAAGACUACUUGGCUGGACGCAAUUACUAGUUGA